AUGGCCGUACUAGAGUUCAUUUUAGUAGCAUUAAUGCUGGCUAGUGUUAACACCGAAAGAGUCAGAAACUAUCGCAUGUGCCCUGACUCUGAUUGUCUUAUAUACGAUAUGUUUAUUGAUCCAUGUCCCGAAGCUUUAUACAACAAAGCAUGUGGAUGGUCAAGAAACUCGAACACGACGGUCGCAUUCAUAUAUAACCCUGAAUUUGGUGCGUACUCACCAAAAACACAACUAUACUCUGAAACCUUUUUGGUGGACUGGCCGUUUCUGAACAUUGACACGAACGCAUGCUUAUAUACAAAUUGUCCCGUGCAGAAGGACACUGAACAGUAUUGGCUGUUCAAUUUAUUCGUACCCGAAUACUAUGAAACAACUUAUCACAUAGUCAAGUUCGUGUUGACGGACACCAUUAGCAACCAACAGUGCUGCUUUACAUUCGACAUCAACAUCGUUUAA